AAACGCUCCUCUUCUUCUCAUUCUCACGAACAUUGGGGCCGUGGUGGAUAUGACCGCGGGUACGGUGGCGGUUACGGUGGCGGAUAUGAUCGUGGUUACGGUGGUGGCGGAUGGGGUGGACCUGGAGGAUACGGUGGACCUGGAGGAUACUACGGCAAUCAAGGAUUUGGUGGUGGAUUAUUUCAACAGCCGUUGGGAUUUGGUUGGGGAAAGUAGUCGCGACCUGCUCGUCAGCUGGUGUACAUAUUUGUAUAAAAUUGACAUGUUUUAUUUGAAACGAUGAAU